GUCUACGGAGGGGUUACAGGGUUAUUACGUACGAUACGUUAUUGGACUGGACCACGUUAGCCGCGUGCCCUGAGAAGCGAGGAGAGCCACGCUGAAGAAGGGAGGGAGCACGAGGGAGAAGGAGACACCGCGUGUGUUCUCGGCGAAAAGGGGGUGUUGCCUCUUCAGUAACGUAGUGAACACGUUCCGUGACGCUACCAGUUCCUUUCUGUCUAUUUCUGGACCCACAUGGUAUAGCCUUUGACGUAUUAAACGCCCGUAUCACUCUUGCGAUCGGUGUCAAGUAACGAUCGAUUUGAUUGAAUCGGAAAGCACUCAGAGAUCUUAAAGUGGCUGAUCAUCAUGUCCUCUGGAUUAACUUUUGUACUGGUCAUCUGCGGUCUGGUUGUUCUCGCGCAAUCAGGACUAGCUUUAAGAUGUUGGGAUUGUGUUUCUAACACCAGCAACAUGUGUCGUGACCCACUGAACAUCACAGAGCAUCAGAAGAUGUUUCACACAAAAACUUGCGAGGCUGUAUCCUAUGAAAUGUCGAAACAAAUAUGCCGAAAAAUUGUGAAAAGAGAAAAUGGAGAGCGAGUAGUGAUUCGUCAAUGUUCAACCCCGAAUGUCGACGAAGCAGAUAUUGUUGACGGUCCUUGCAGCGCUACGACAACUGCAGGUCAAAGUAUAAUCGAAUCCUGUCAUAUUUGUAGCACUGACCUCUGCAAUUCCGCUAUGGGUGCAUCGAUUACGCAACCGCUUUUCAUCGCCGCGUUGGCCACUAUUGGUUAUCGUUCACUUCAAACGAAAUAUAAUGCCGUUUAAUAUAACGAGUUUCUA